CAGGAAGCAGAGGCUCCCCAUUCUGCCCAUAGGCUCUCUGCUUCUGGCUGGCUAGAAAUGGGAUAUUUCUGGGUUCUGAAGCAAACUUGGCUAUGUAUCAUUUUCUUGAGAUCCGAGUGUCUUCUUUCCUUGUUCUCAACGUUCUUUUCCUGUUUUCAGAACAUGGUCCAAGUGGCUUACUAACUUUCCCCAGGUUUUCUUUCCUUUCAGGAGCAGGGGCCAAGAAUGGUGCAGGCAGUGGGGGGGAUGCAUGGGGAUCCAGGCAUUCCCAACUCCCCCUCUUCUUCCCUACAGGAGUUGGAUGCUGUGCCCGGGAGGUGCUGGUCCCUGAGGGGCCGCUGUACCGCGUGGUUGGCACAGCCAUCUCUAUCUCCUGCAAUGUCACUGGCUAUGAUGGCCCUGCCCAGCAGGACUUUGAGUGGUUCCUGUACAGACCUGAGGCCCCAGAGACUGCACUGGGCAUUGUUAGUACCAGGGAUGCCCAGUUCUCCUACGCUGUCUUUGGGCCCCGUGUGGCAGCCGGUGAGGUGCAGGUGCAGCGUCUGCGGGGUGAUGCUGUGGUGCUCAACAUCGCCCGCCUGCAGGCCCAAGAUGCUGGAGUUUAUGAGUGCUACACACCCUCCACCGACACCCGCUACCUGGGCAGCUACAGCGGCAAGGUGGAACUGAGAGUUCUUCCAGAUGUGCUGCAGGUAUCUGCUACCUCCCCAGGGCCCCGAGGCCGCCAGGCUCCGACUUCUCCCCCUCGCCUGAUGGUGCACGAGGGGCAGGAGCUGGCGCUGGGCUGCCUGGCACGGACAAGCACGCAGAAGCACACACACCUGGCGGUGUCCUUUGGACGAGCCGUGCCUGAGGCACCCGUGGGGCGAGCAACUCUGCAGGAAGUGGUGGGGCUUCGGCCUGACCUGGCUGUGGAGGCUGGUGCUCCCUACGCUGAGCGGCUAGCUGCGGGGGAGCUGCGGCUGAGCAAGGAGGGAGCUGAGCGGUACCGCAUGGUGGUGGGGGGCGCCCAGGCCGAGGAUGCUGGCACCUACCACUGCACUGCCAGUGAGUGGAUUCAGGAUCCUGAUGGUAGCUGGGCCCAGAUCGCGGAGAAGAGGGCUGUCCUGGCCCAUGUGGACGUGCAGACUCUGUCCAGCCAGCUAGCAGUGGCAGUGGGGCCCGGUGAACGUCGGAUUGGCCCCGGGGAGCCCUUGGAACUGCUGUGCAAUGUGUCAGGGGCACUGCCCCCACCAGGCCAUCAUGCUGCGUACUCUGUGGGCUGGGAGAUGGCACCUGCAGGGGCACCUGGGCCUGGCCGCCUGGUAGCCCAGUUGGACACAGAGGGUGUGGGCAGCCUGGGCCCUGGCUACGAGGGCCGGCACAUUGCCAUGGAGAAGGUGGCAUCCAGAACCUACCGGCUACGGCUGGAGGCUGCCCAGCCUGGCGAUGCAGGCACCUACCGCUGCCUCGCCAAGGCCUACGUCCGAGGGUCUGGGGCCCGGCUUCGUGAAGCAGCCAGUGCCCGCUCCCGGCCCCUCCCUGUGCAUGUGCGGGAGGAAGGUGUGGUGCUGGAGGCUGUGGCGUGGCUGGCAGGAGGUGCGGUGUACCGCGGGGAGACUGCCUCCCUGCUCUGCAACAUCUCUGUGCGGGGUGGUCCCUCGGGGCUGCGGCUGGCCACCAGCUGGUGGGUGGAGCGAUCUAAGGACCAGGAGCUGAGCGUGGCCCCUGCCCAGCUGGUGGGUGGCAUGGGUCAGGAUGGUGUGGCAAAGCUGGGGGUCAGACCUGGAGGAGGCCCUGUGAGCGUGGAGCUGGUGGGGCCCCGAAGCCAUCGACUGAGACUACACAGCUUGGGGCCCGAGGAUGAAGGUGUAUACCACUGUGCCCCCAGCGCCUGGGUGCAGCAUGCUGACUAUAGCUGGUACCAGGUGGGCAGUGCCCGCUCAGGGCCUGUCACAGUCUACCCCUACCUGCAUGCCCUGGACACCCUGCUCGUGCCCCUGCUGGUGGGUGCAGGGGUUGCCCUGGUCACCGGCGCCAUCAUCCUUAGCACCAUCACCUGCUGCUUCAUGAAGAGGCUGCGAAAACGAUGAUCCCUUGCGCGCCUCCUGCCCAGCCCUCACAGGUGUGACUGUCUUCCAGCCCAGCUCCAAGCCCACCUCCGGUUGCCCGGAUACCGUCUCCCUCGGUCUGCCCUUCCUUUAAUUUAUUUGACCUAUCCCCACUCAGUGGGGGGGCAUGGUCCCCAUUCCCUCCUCCUUCCUUCCUGGUUCCUCCCUCUGGCUUUCUGUUCUUGAUCUCAUACCCAGCCUGUAGGGAGGCCUUCCCUGUCCUAGAAUUAGUUUUUCUAAAAUAUGAAUAAACUUGUUUUAU